CCCCGCUCGCGCCGGGCCUCCAUCACGGCGCGAGAGCUCCCCCACCAGCCAUGUACUUCGCCGUAGGCAAACCACGGCGGCUUCUCUUCCCCUUCGCCAGCGACGAGAGCCCUCACUUCGUGGCGGCCGACCGCGAGCGGCUGCUGCUGGCCGCGCUGUCACGGUCGCAGCUGUCCGUGUGGUUCGCCAGGCCCAGCGUGUUGGUCGUGAGCCGGCGCUCGUCCCUCAAGGCACUCGCUCAGCUGGGCGCGUACGAGCGGGCAGCGUGGAAGGUGGACAGCAGCUGCAUCGCUGUGACGACGGGACGGGGCUAUGUGCUGCUGUUCGACGUGCUGCUGGUGGGAGGGGAGGAGAACAGCCUCUACCUGGCUGUCGACCACAGGGGCAGCCCGGUGCGGAGGGGCGUCCCGGGCUACAAGGACGAGCAGCGCGUGCCGGCGCUGUCCCUGGAGCUCGGCCGUGUGCUCGACAUCCAGGCCUCCAUCUCCUGCCUCAUCUCACUGCCCGAUGACAUCAUUGCCACGACAACGGAUGGCAAGCUGCACCAUCUGCGCUGGGACGGGUUGACCAAUGGGAGGAAGGCGCUCGACCUUUGCACUGUGCCCUUUGCGGUCGACCUUCAGUCGGCUGCCGGUGCGCCGCUGCCGCCGCGCCCGGUAAGCGUGCGGGACAUGGCCUUCUGCCAGACGCUUGGUGGCUUCGCCGUGGUCCUCACCGACGGCCGCGCCGGCUUCAUCACCGCCGCCGACUCCUGCACGGACCAGGUGCUGGGCGUGUGGGCGCCCGACGUGGCGGACGGGAGCUGUGUCGCCGCCAACAACAAGUACCGCUUGCUCGCCUUCGGCUGCCGCAGUGGCUGCGUGCUGGUCUACGCCAUGGACACUGUCGCUGGAGCGCUGCAGCUGUCCCAUCGGCUGGAGCUCACGGCCAAAGACUACCCCGACAUGUGCAAGCGGACGGGCGCCGUGCAGAACGUGCGCUGGAGUCCCGACUGGACGGUGCUCGUGCUGAGCUGGGAGCGUGGAGGCCUCUCGGCGUGGAGCGCCUUCGGAGCGCCGCUGCUGUGCACCCUCGCUGCCGACUUCGGAUUCCAUCCCGAUGGAAGCCGGAAGGAACCAUUAAAAAUCAGCUCUAUGAGCUGGGGCCCUGAGGGUUACACCCUGUGGGUGCUCACGCCGCCCCCUGACGCAGGAAGUGACGUCAGCGAUGGGGCAGGAAGUAAAGAGGAUUGUGGGUACCAGGCGGAGCUGCUGAUCCUGCACUUUGUGAAGAGUGCGCUGGCCCUGCACCCGUGUGUGAGCAAUCAGGAGCAGGUGUUGCUGCAGGGCGACGAUCGGCUCUACCUGAGCUGUGGGGAGCCCCCCACGUCCAGGCCUCACACUCCGAGCCCCCCCUUCCUGCUCGGACACAGACACUGGCACAUAGUGCAGAUCCACAACUCUUACCUGGACAACAACUGGCCCAUUCGGCACGCCGCUAUGGACGCCCAGGGCCAGUGCGUGGCCGUGUCGGGCCGUGCCGGCCUCGCCCACUACUCGCUCUACACCCGCAAGUGGAAGCUCUUUGGCAACAUCACCCAGGAGCAAAGCAUGGCGGUGACGGGCGGCCUGGUGUGGUGGCAGGACUUCAUCGUUGCCGCCUGCCACAACCUUGCCGAGGGGCAGGACGAGCUGCGUGUGUAUCCGCGCGCCUCCAACCUGGACAACGCCCAUGCCCACGUGCAGCGGCUGCCGGCGCCGCCGCUGCUGCUGGGCGGCUCCCGCGGGCGCCUCCUCCUCUUCUGCUCCGACCGCCAGCUGCACGUCUACAGCGUGGAGCGCAGCCCCCUCGACGUGCCGCACCCCGGCGUGACGCUGCGGGCCCUGCAGAGGGUCUCCCUGCAGGCCCACGUGCCCCACCCGGGCCUCGUGGUGUCGGUGGCCCUCACCAGCAUGCGCUCUGAGAAGACGCUUUCCUCCCUGAGGCCCGCACAGCAGGCGUGUGCGGGAGACAGUGUGCUGCUGAACGUCGCCGGGCAGCUGCUCAUGCUGCAGAGAGAUCGCUCGGGGCCGCAGCCCCUGGACGUGAGCGACGAUCCGACCUCCUCCACCUCCUCAUCCACCUCCUCGGCAGCGUCCCUCGCACGCAAGAACCCGUCGUUCUGCGCGCCGGUGGUUCUUGCCGAGUGCGUGGAAAUCACGUGGACGACCGGGCACUCCGCUCCCAGGCCACAACCGCAGCCGCAAUCCACGCCGCAUCAGCCGCAGCAGCAGCAGCAGCAGGGCCCGGCCACAGAGGUGCUGUGGUUAGGCUGCGGCCGUUCCGGCAUGAAGGUGUGGCUCCCCCUUUCGCCGGCCGCCUCGGACGGCGGCUGGCCCGCCGGCCCCCUUCACGGCUACAACCACAACCUCAACCACGGCCACCGCCACCACCACCACCACCAGGAACAGCACCACCAGCAGCAGCAGCAGCAUCACGCGGGCAGCGUGUUCCAGCACGCGUUCAUGUCGCGCCGCAUCAUGCUGCCGUUCCCCGUGCCGGCGCUCUACCCGCUGACGGUGCUCGCCGAGCACGGCCUGGUACUGGGGGUCACCACCGAGACGCUGCCGGGAUCCUCGUCCGGCGGCGGCGGCGGCAGCGUGGCCGACCUGCUGCCGUUCUGCGUGGCGGAGCGUGCGUCGCAGCUCUACCUCCCGGCCGUGCUGCGGGGACUACUGGCGCGGAAUCUCGGCGACGCGGCGGUGUGGCUGGCCCGCGGCUGCUCCUCGCUGCCGUACUUCCGGCACGCGCUGGAGUCGGCGCUGCACGCCGUGCUCGAGGAAGAGGCGAUGGCGCGCUCCCCCGUGCCGGACCCCCUGCUGCCGGCGCUCGCCAAGUUCGCGGCGGCCUUCCCGGGCUUCCUGCGCACCGUCGCUCAUUGCGCCCGCAAGUCCGAGGUGGCGCUGUGGCCCUGCCUGUUCGCCGCCGUGGGCAGCCCCAAGCAGCUGUUCGAGGAGUGCCUGGUGGCGCGAGACCUCGAGACCGCCGCUUCCUAUCUCAUCAUCCUGCAGAACAUGGAGGCGCCGGCGCUGAGCCGCCAGCACGCGACGCUGCUCUUCAACUCGGCGCUGGACGAGGGCCGAUGGGACCUGUGCCGCAACAUGAUCCGCUUCCUGCGUGCCAUCGGCACCGGGGGUGACGACGAUGGCGGCGCCGGCGCCGGGGGAGGAGGAGGAGGGGGGGCCGGCGGCGGCGGCGGCGGCGGCGGCGGCGGCGCGGCGCCAGCCACGCCGCCCGGCUCCGAGUCCAGCGCCACCUCCUCGUCCGGCUUCGAGUUCUUCCGCCAUCGCAGCAUCAGCCUCUCGCAGCCGCCCGACGGAGCGCCGUUUGCCGCGCCGGCGGGAUCGGCCGCGGGUGGGGCGACGGCCAGGGAGGGCAGCGCCAGCGGGGGCAGCGCAGCCUCGGGCACGCGGGGCGGGCCGCUGCACAAGGCCCUGAGCGUGCCGGAUGGCCACGUCCCCAAACGCGCCGGCGCGGCGCGGGCGGAGGCUUCGGCGGUGUUGCCGGGCGCCGGCUGCUCCCCGGAGGACGUCUUCCUGGACGCCAUGCUGGCGCGCCACGCCCGCCGCCUGCUGGAGGGCGCCCGCGUGCGUCAGCUGGGCCGCUUCGCCGCCCGCCUCUCCUUCCCGCUCGUGGCGUGGCUCCGCAAGGAGCGCCACCGCGCCGCCCGGCCCGCCGACCCCGUGUCGGCGCUUCGCGGCCUCCACCGGGACUUCCGGCGCCCUCUGCCGCCGGCGCCGACGGCAACGCCGGUCGUGCCGGGCGCCGGCAUGCCGACGGUGGCGGACUUGAGGCCGUCAUGCCACGGGACCGCCGUGAAGCCUGGGCACCACGCAGCGCCAUCCGGGCGAACGUCAUCCGAUGCUGCCGCCUGGCUCGCCAAUCCCCCGUCACCCAUCUUUCUGCCUACCGAUGACCCCGCCGUCACCCACGAUGCACUGCUCCGGGCCACCCCCUCUCGGCCGCACGGUCCCACGUUUACCCACGAGGCCGUGCUGCAUCCUCUCCCCAAGAAAGGGGACGAGUGCAGCCUGGGCUCGGCCACAGACGCCACGGAGAGCAGCUCCCUGGGAGACGCCGAGUGGGGCCUCCUGGACGAGUCGGGAGCCGAGAGCACCUCCGACCCCCGCUUGAACGGUGGUGGCGGAGGGGCGCCUCCCGAACCAACGGGCAGAGCGGCGGAGAGGGCGGUCACGCAGCUGCGGUACCUGCUGCACGUGUUUGCCGAGGCCGGCUGCCCCGAGUGGUGCCUCCUGCUGGCUCUGGUGCUGCGCGACGCCGGCGCCGUGCGGGCGGCGGUGGCGGCGGUGGCGCGGGGGGGGGCGCCUGGAGUGGGGGAGCCGGGAGGGGGGGGGCCGGGCGGUGGGGGGCCUUGCGACGCGGCGGCCAGGCUGGCGGAGGUGGUGGCAAGCGUGGAGCGAUGGGCAGCGCAGUGCUGCCCCGGCUACAGGGCCUUCCUCUCGCAGCUCCAGCCAGAGCUGCAGGCUCUGUCGGCGCUCGCCGACUCCUGGGGGGGCGGCACCGCCGCGGCGUCCGGCGGCGGCGCGGCCGGAUUCGGCUUGCCAGCGUCGUCGAUGGCGGCGUCGGACGCGUGCAACGCCGCACGGAGCCCGUACCACGAGGGACCGCGAGCGUCGGGCGGCCGCGCCGGCAACGCCGCCGCCGCCGCCGCCGCCGCGACCGCCGCGCCCGCGCCGGCACCCUCGCGCCCACGCGAUGCCGGUGCCGCCUCGAGCGCCCCGGCGCCGAUCGCGCCGGCGUGGAGCGGUGGCGGCGACGGCGGGGAGAGGGACGCCACGGCCGCGGCGUCUCCCGUCUCGCCGUGCUCUCCCUCGUCGCCGAUGGUGUCGCUGUCGUCCUCGUCCUCCUUCGCCGCCUCCUCCUCCCCGUCCUCGUUCCCCCCGGAGGGUGCCGAGGACCCGGCGGGCGUCGUCGCCGGGGCGAGCGCGGAGACGGCGGAAGCCGGGACGGAGGACGGGCCGGCGAAGGGCGCCGAAGCGGAGGAGUACGCCUGCCGCAUCGCGUGA